AUGCUUGCUAGGAGCGCUGGUCCGCGACUCUUUCGCCAGUGCAUCUGUCAGAGGAGCCCGAACGUCCCACGCAUAAGAGUCAAUGGGCGUCGGUUCUCAUCGAGCUCUGCGCCAUCGGCGCACAAUGCAACUCCUUCAGCACACCCGCUGGCUGGCGUCGCAAGUCAGAUUGAUUCAGUAGCACCGCGCUUUGAAGUCGAGGCAUCCCAAAUCGACAUACUCGAUUCGCCCGCGGCAUUCUACGAGACAUUGAAGACGAAGAUCAAGGGAGCCAAACGGCGUGUAUACCUCUCCACUCUUUACAUUGGAAAGACCGAGCACGAGCUCAUCCAGACAAUCGACGAAGCGCUGUCAGCGAACCCGAAGCUCAGGGUGUCUGUACUGACCGACGCCCUCCGAGGGACUCGAGAAGACCCCAACCCCAGCUGUGGCACACUUCUCGCACCUCUCGUCACAAAGUAUGGAGACAGAGUGACAAUAUGCAUGUAUCACACACCGAACUUGAAUGGCUGGAGGAAGAAGCACAUGCCCAAAAGAAUCAAUGAGGGAUGGGGUCUGCAACACAUGAAACUCUAUGGCUUCGAUGAUGAGAUUCUUCUAUCGGGUGCCAACUUAUCGGACGACUAUUUUACAAAUCGUCUAGACCGAUACCAUCUCUUCAAGUCAAAGGAGCUAACGGACUUCUAUCAGAAGAUACAUGAAGCCAUCUGCGAGAUAUCAUACGACCUCAUCCCAUCAGAGCAGCAGCCUGGCGGUUUCGAGCUGGUAUCACCGCAAGCUCGAGGCAUCCCUGAUCCUGUCUGGCAUCCUCGUCAGUACACGAAAUAUGCCAAACAGCUGCUUGAACCGCUACUACAGCCGAAAGCACGGCAGCGCAUGUUCCCUGUUGAAUUUGGCAAAGACAAAACGUUCGUAUAUCCGCUGGCCCAAUUCGAUAUCCUGUUGGGCCAGCCCGAGAAACGCACAGUCCUCGAUUUCGAGUUGGCCACCUUCACUUCGACUGAAAAGCCUACACUGGAACGCAUACUAACGUCGUUCGCGGAAGACCCUCGUCUGAAGCCCUGCUCAUGGACUUUUACGGCGGGCUAUUUCAACAUCGAUCCGGACAUCUGUCGCCUCCUGCUUGCCGCAGCGCCAAAGGACCUGAGCGGUGCCGGGCAUGCACCUCCCAGUCCGCCAUGCACAGUCAUUACUGCUUCGCCUUGGGCAAAUGGCUUCUACGGCUCAAAGGGCGUGUCCGGGAUGUUGCCUGCCGCUUAUACACUGCUCUCACGACGAUUUCUCAGGGACGUUGCAAAGGAAGGCAAAGAGGGCACCGUGCAGCUCAAGGAAUGGAGGCAUGGCACUGUCGGUGAACCAGAAGGCAUGACUUACCAUGCGAAAGGCCUGUGGAUCACCUUACCGCCUCAGCCAGAUGCUGGGAAUAACUUGGAAGAAGAGGUCGGGCCCAGUGUAGCUGUAGUCGGGAGCAGUAACUACACCAAGCGGUCAUACUCGCUAGACUUAGAAGUUGGCGCAGUCGUUGUCACGAGCGAUGAUAACUUGAAGCGGAAGCUCAAACAAGAAAUCACUUGGUUGCAAGAGGACGCCAGUGUCACCACACAAGAUGAUCUUGCAAAAGUGGACCGAAGGGUGGGGCUGAGAGUGCGGCUAUCGCUAUGGCUAGUUGAGGCUCUUGGUGGUGCGUUGUGA